AUGAAGACCACCUUACUUCAGAUCCCCAGCAAGACUACAGAGGAGGUCAAUUGGUUCAAGCCGCUCCACAAUUACCUUGUGCAGGUGUAUGGACAUGCCGCCAACGAGUAUUCGCUGGAUGUGACGAGCUUCAACCAGCUACGCCAGGACCUCCGCGGGGCACACCCCGACGCCACUGGAAUCAAGUUGUUCUUGAAAUACUAUUCUCAGCUUGAAUUGUUGGACCUACGCAUCCCUUUCAAUCUGAUUAACACCCCCACCCGAACCAGAGUUGAGUUCAAGUGGACUGAUCUGUUCGAGCCGGAUAUAUCCAAUAGUCAAGGUGCCCUUGCAUUUGAAAAGGCCAACGUACUCUACAACUUGGCGUCGUUAUUACUGCGUCAAGCCAGCAUCAAAUUGUCUAAUGGCAAUUUCAAAGAAGGAAUGGUGGCGCUGUGUCAAGCCGCUGGCGUGAUUGACUUUAUCGGCGAGAACUUUUUACACGCCCCUCUGCCUGACUUGGCUUUAGGGACAAUCAAAUUAUUACUGCAAGUGAUGAUGUCACAAGCUGCUGAGUUGUUUGUGUUACAGGCGAUCAGUGCCGACGCUCAACAGAAAAUGAAUCAAUUGGUAGCUAAGCUUUGUCAAGGGGUCGCAGAAAGUUAUGCUCUUGCAUUAUCACUAGCUCAAUCGGGAAUGGGUCUUCACCGUGACUUUGAUGCUGACGAGGAAGAUUUCUUGAACCAGCCUGAAGAUGUGCUACCAGAGGUGCCGGCACUUAUUGAACCUCGCUGGAGAGCGGUGUUGGACUUUAAACGGGGUUUAUACCAGCUGUUGGCUUGGUACUAUCAAGGGCUUCUGGCAGAAGCCAACAAAAAGUACGGGGACGCAAUUGCAUAUCUCACGAAAACGCAAGAAUCGCUUGAGCAAGAUCUCGGAAGUAUCACCGAGGCAGCUGCCGAUCAAAAGAUCACUCUUCCUUAUGAGAUGCUUGACUAUUUACAUUACCAAGAAGACGCAGUCAAGAUCAAAUUGGCUGAUCUUUCUAAGGACAAUGAUUUAAUCUAUCAUGACCUCAUUCCCCUGUUGGUGACGCUUACGCUGCCCGUGGCCAAGCAACUGGUUGAACCAGUUCCAUUUGGGCAGCUUCCUGGACUCAGUGAUAUCAGCGACUACAAUUAUCAUAACUUUUUAUCGAAUGUGGUGCCGAUCAAGAUUCAUGAGUUGCUCAGUUUGUAUUCGGAGGAGAAAUCUCAAUUGUUGCGCAAUGAAAUUGAUCAUGUCGAAGUUCUGGAUCUGGAGGUGGCCCUGGCAUUAUCAAGCCUCCAAUUGCCCCAGCAAUUGAUAGCGCUUAAGGAAUUAUCGUCGGGUUCAGGUUCUUCGUCCCUGCCGCAAUUUGGUGAUGAAGUGACGAGGUACGCUAACGAAAUUCGCGCUAAGUAUGCAGAAGACAAAACCAACCGGCAAAAGAUCGAACAGUAUCGCCAACAAAUCUAUCAGGCGAUACAGUCACUCCCACCCAGUGAUGGGGCUACUCAGUUGAAGCGGGCCUUUUACCAAGCCACCACCAAUGAUAACGAGAUUUUCGGCUAUGUGACUGAUACUGAGCUUCAUGAUACUCUCGGCAAGGGCCAGUUGCUGCGUUUAUCUACCCAAAAACCUGUUGAGGAGGAGCUUCUGUUGUUGGACCUUGACGAAAGUAAUCGUCCUAUCGACCAAAUCCUUCAAUCCACUGAAAAGAUUCUUGAUGAGAUAGAGAAGGCUAAACGUCGUAAGCACGACAUAGUUGGAGCUCUCAAGACGAAGAUUCACGAUGAUGACAUUGCCGAUAUUCUUGUGCUUAACCUGCGGGUGAAACUGACGAAAGAGAUAAAACUGGUAAUUUUCCCCGAAGAACUCAAAAAGUUUGACGAGUUUACGAGCGAAAUUGACGAGAUAGUGGAGACUGAAAGAGGUUUGGUGGCUAAAUUAAAGCAGACGUGGGCGCAAAUUAUGGCCAAUCCUGAAGUAAAGCGGUUGCGGCAAUCGUCUACAUUUCAAGCGGAGUUGGUGAAGCUGCAACUGGACCGGGUGGUUCAGUUUUACCAUCAGUGGCGGAAGUAUAGUGAGGGUCUCAGGAAGGGCACUCAAUUUUAUCCCCGGCUUUUGCAAUGGGCUGAGCAGUUACGAGCGCCGCUGGUUCUGCACACAAGCCAACCAGCAUCGGCACCGCACCAAGCACCAGCCCCGCCUGCCAGCAAUGCUCGGCAGCCCAGCCAUCCCCAGCAGACAUCACCAGCAACCCCCAAUCUGUCGUUGAUUUACGACCAGCCCCUGACUUACCAGCCGAACAUGUACCAGUUCUUUAGCAAACAGUGA